AGGAGUACAACCUGGAGAACAUCAACUGGCAGCACAUCGAGUUCACCGACAACCAGGACGCUCUGGACAUGAUCGCCAUCAAACCCAUGAACAUCAUCUCGCUCAUCGACGAGGAGAGCAAGUUUCCAAAGGUGAGCGCUCUGAGGAGGACAGGUCUGAUCUCCUGAAGGUCAAAACUGUGACUGUUUUUUUCUGAGUUUGUUUCACUCUUAGGAAAAAAAGCAGCGACUGUUUUAAGUUCGUUUACAUCUGUGACUCGUUCAUCAGAUCAUUCAGUCCGCUUUAGUUUUUAAAGAUCAUUAAUAAUUAAAAAAGAGAGAAAACCUGCAGUCUAAUGUUCUGAUCCAGGUCCUCCAAGAUGAAACAUCACGAGACCCCGAGAGUCGAUCCCAGGAAGUGAAGUUCUUAUCUGAAAUAACAAAACCUCAACAUACAGAAUAAACUGAAUUUUGGCUUCAAUCAGUCAGACAGAGUCAGACUCUGGUGGAUUCAGGACCUCAGAGAGACCUAGAACAUCUAAAUCAUGUCCAUCAGAAACUAAGACAGGAGUCCAGAUACAUGACAGUGUGUGUUUGUGUGUCCUUCAGGGGACAGACACCACCAUGCUGAACAAGCUCAACUUCCAACACAAAGUCAACACCAACUACAUCCCUCCCAAGAACACCCACGAGACUCAGUUCGGCAUCCAGCACUUCGCAGGAGUGGUUUACUACGAAACCAGAGGUCAGAGGUCGUCUGUCUGCGCACAGAGAGAGACACUGAAGUCUUUUACUGCACAACAGUCUGAAUAUUCAGAUCUCUGUAGGACCUGCUGCUGUCUCAACACUGCAAACAUGCUGUCUGUGUGUGUGUGUCUGUGUGUCUGUCUGUGUGUGUCUGUGUGUGUGUGUGUCCUGCAGGUUUUCUGGAGAAGAACAGAGACACUCUGUACGGCGACAUCAUCCAGCUGGUUCACUCGUCCAAGAACAAAUUCAUCAAACAAAUCUUCCACGCUGAUGUGGCCAUGGUACACUCACACACACACACACACACACACACACACACACUGACCUGUGUGUGUCGUUUCCCUCAGAGUUCACAGCAGUCGUCUGUCUCUGAGUGUUGAAUCGUUCUGAAAAACAAAAAUAUGAAAAAUAAACUCAAACAAAUCUUUAGUUUUUAUUAUUUAAAAUCAUUUUAAAAUUAUUUAUUUGACUGAAUAAUUAAAUGUCAGAGUUUCAUCUUCUCAUGUGUCUCAGUAACGUCCAGCUCCACAGCGUUCCUGUCCUCUCUGUCUGUCCUCUGAGUGUCCCUGUGUGUGUCUCUCUCUCUCUCUCUCCCUCUGUCUCUCUCCCUCUCUCUCUCUCUCUCUCUCUCUCUAAAGUUUCUGUGUGGUUGUGCUGCUCGUAGUUCUGUAGGUCCUCCUGACAGAGCUCCUCUGAAGGUAAACAGUCCCUGAAAAUCCUCCUCAUCCCGUCUUCAUCCAUCUCUCCUCAUCUUCUUUAACUCUCAUCCUUAACUCUCAUCUGACCCUCCACCUGAAGCAUCUUCAGUUAUUAUUUCUACCAUCACAUUGUGUUCUCUCUAAUGAAUAUUGACUCGUGUCUGAAACACGUCUGCUGGUGUUUACAGUGUUUUUCAUUAUCUAUAGAUGUUAAUACAAAAAUGUCUUCUGAGUCUUUCUAAAUAUUCUGUGUUACGAAAAUUAAAUUCAGGACAGUGAGACAGAUUUUAUUGUCAAACACAGUUUCAGUAACAAACACAUCGUUUUUUUUAAUUUUGAAAGUAGUAACCAAAUGUUACUUCCUCAGAUCAAGUCGAACUUCACUUAUUUAUCGUUAGACAGUGACUUUUUGUUGCCACUGGGGGGCAGCAAACUCUCGUGAUUUUAAAUAAAUUAAAGACAGAAACUUUAUUAAUUUAUUGACAUUUUAUUUUAUGUUUCCUGCAUCUUUGCUUCUCUAUGCUGCCGAUCAUUAAGAUGUUUAUAUAGAUUUAAAAUUAAACUCCCUCCAUGAGAAAUAUGGAAGAAUUAAUUUUUCCUGUUAUUUUUCUAAGGACUGUAGAAUCAUCACCAUUUAUUUAAAUUCAACUCAAAUAAAAUAGGAUUUUGUUGACACUAGUUUUUACAUUUUUCAACAAAUAAUGAUUGAGGUUGUCAAGAGUCUUUUUUUAAUAAUCUUAAAUUUACUGAUUAUUAUAUUUUUUAAGGUUUUUAUAAAGUAAUGCUGGAGGUGAAAGUAAUUCAUUUGACUGUUGAAGAAAAAUAAAUAUUCGUACUUGCUAAAAAAUAAAUCUGUGGCAUUAAAAAUACAACUGCCAGAAUGUUAUUGUUAAUAUUUUUAGUUAUACUGCCCUCCAGGGGACAGAAAUGGAACUGCAAUCACUAAAAUGAUCCAGUUAGCCACAAUUUAAAAAGUAAGACUUUUUCCUCAAAUUCGGUUUUAAUCCCUUUAAAUCAGACUGAGACAGUGUUUAACAUCUCACAUGUUCUUGAAUGUUACCCUGAGGAGUUGACCACAUUAGUUAAUAAUUAAUUCGUUUUUUCAGACCGUAAUUAAUUUUACCUUUAAAGUUAAAGAGUAAAAUCCUGUCCGGGCUGAUAGUUCCGUCUCUGACCUCCUCUGGACUCCUGUCGUCCCUCCCUCAUGUUCUCCAGGUAAACUUUCUCCACCUGAGAGUUUCACAUGUUUCACUUUUUAACAACACCGAAUUUAUCCCGGUACCGACUUCCGGUCCAUUUCAUCAGAGACCCGAGCAUUUAGGCGCCAUUUUAACAGACUGACCACGAGUUUGUUGUUUUUCUUACAAACAUAUAAUUACACCGAUAUGGAAUAUAUAAUAUUACAUAAUAUAAUAUUAUAUAUAAUAUUAAUGUCUAACUAUCAGCUGGUAAUGUAAAUAAAACUUUGGUCAAAACUUUAGUUUUUCUUUUUAAGAGUCACCAAACCGAACUAGAAAUCCUCACACUGCCCUCUAGUGGUCACUCUUCGAAACUGACAGACAGUGGUCACUUAAUAAUCUUAUUAUAUAAUCUUAUAUAAUCCUAUAUAAUCUUAUUUAAAGAUGUCAGAGAGUGUAAGUACAUGUGUAUUUUCUCUUUCUUUAAAAUAAGUAUAAAUCAGUAAACAGAAAUAAUCAGAUCCUCUGAGAUGCAGGAAACAGAGUCUCAAAAAAUAGUUUUCUGUCAUUAAUUAACUAUAACGGAAGCCUGUUUGUCUUUGUUUAGUUUAGUUUUGAUUUUUUUUCAUGUUUAUAGUUUUAAAGUGUGAAUCUGCAGAGUCAGCCGGAGGAAAACUUUUUUAUUUAGAGCCACAAAAACACAAAAAGAGGAAGAAAGUUUGUGUCAGAGCGCAGGAAGAGAGAGAAAGAUCCUCAUUGUUUCUGACCCUGACACUUUCUUCACUGCUGUCAAUCUGUGUGUGUGUGUGUGUGUGUGUGUGUGUGUGUUCAGGGGGCAGAGACCAGGAAGCGUUCUCCCACUCUCAGCAGUCAGUUUAAGAGAUCUCUGGAGCUGCUGAUGAGGACUCUGAGCGUCUGUCAGCCUUUCUUUGUUCGCUGCAUCAAACCCAACGAGUACAAGAAGCCCAUGGUGAGUCUGUGCUCCUCUGUGAUCCUCUGUGAUCUCCUGUGAUCUUACCUUGAACAGAUCAGUCUGCAGGUUUACAGUUUUUAGGGUUUACAGAGACAGAAAGUCUAAUUUGGGGGGAACUCGUUUGUCACGUGUGGAGUGACUCUGCAGCAGCGUUUGACUCCAUGUGUGACCUGCUGGGUUUUUGUUGACUUCUUAGAUAAUGAAGCGACUUUAGUGAUUACUGCACACACACACACACACACACACACACACACACACACACACACACACACACACACACACACACACUGAGAGCUUCAGAUCAGUGUAGAGACGCACCUGUUCUGGUUUAAAUGAAGGUCAAAGCUGCUCCGACCGUUUUUACACCUGUGAGAAAUUUAAAGAGAGAAAAACGAGAUUCACCAAAAUAAAACUGAUUAACACGAACAGUCAUGACUGUGUGUGUGUGUGUGUGUGUGUGUGUGUGUGUGUGUGUGUGUGUGUGUGUGUGUGUGUGUGUGUGUGUGUGUGUGUGUGUGUGUGUGUGUGUGUGCCUGCAGCUGUUUGACAGAGAGCUGUGUGUGCGACAGCUCAGGUACUCAGGUAUGAUGGAGACCAUCAGGAUCCGUCGGGCUGGAUAUCCGAUCCGCUACACCUUUGUGGAGUUUGUGGACCGGUACCGGGUUCUAAUGCCUGGAGUCAAACCGGCGUACAAACAGGUGAGACCAGGUGAUGGUCCAGACUCAGUUCUGGAGGUACUGAAGGUCCAUAAGGUCAUGGUACUGGGAAAAUACAUAUAUGUCUGUGUGUGUGUCUGUGUAAGUGUAUUUGUGUGUGUGUGUGUGUCUUUGUGUAUAUGAGUGUCUAUGCGCGUGUGUCUGUACGUGUAUCUUUGUGUAUAUGUGUGUGUGUAUAUGUAUGUGUGUGUGUAUCUUUGUGUAUAUGUGUGUGUAUAUAUAUGUGUGUGUGUAUCUUUGUGUAUAUGUGUGUGUAUAUAUAUGUGUGUGUGUAUCUUUGUGUAUACGUGUGUGUGUAUAUAUAUGUGUGUGUAUCUUUGUGUAUAUGUGUGUGUGUAUAUAUAUGUGUGUGUGUAUCUUUGUGUAUAUGUGUGUGUGUAUAUGUGUGUGUGUGUGUGUGUGUGUGUAUCUUUGUGUAUACGUGUGUGUGUAUAUAUAUGUGUGUGUGUAUCUUUGUGUAUAUGUGUGUGUGUAUAUAUAUGUGUGUGAGUAUCUUUGUGUAUAUGUGUGUGUGUAUAUGUGUGUGUGUGUGUGUGUGUGUGUAUCUUUGUGUAUAUGUGUGUGUGUAUAUGUAUGUGUGUGUGUGUGUAUCUUUGUGUAUACGUGUGUGUGUAUAUAUAUGUGUGUGUAUCUUUGUGUAUACGUGUGUGUGUAUAUAUAUGUGUGUGUGUAUCUUUGUGUAUAUGUGUGUGUAUAUAUAUGUGUGUGUC